AUGGACCCAGUCCCCACAAAUUCUUCAACGAAGUCUUCCAAACUCGAAUGUUUUAUUUCCGCCGAUCAUGUCCGCCCUCUGAUCAGCGAUGACAACAAGGAGAAGAUCAAAGAUGAUGUCUUCCAACUUGUGGCCGCCGGUGCUCAAGUGAUGGCCGAAGAUCUUUUCCAAUGCGCGAUUGAAUUGGCCCAAAAGAAAGGGCGGACCAAUGUGACCGCCGGAGAUGUAGACGCCUGUCUGGCCAAUGUUCUCUUCCAAUAUUAA